AACAAUUUCAAAGUAAGCAGCAUAGUGUUUGGCACGUAUAGGUUAGGAUAUCUGUUUUCACAAUUGAAAGUAUUUCGCCCCGAUUAGACGAUGUCGCGCGAUCGCCGCGAGAUGUUUGGACGUUACACGCUGGCCGACGAUCGUACGUGACUUCACCGGACGAAGUUACUCGUUGCACGUGCGUAGGAACUGUCAUGGAGUGACGGACACGGUCGAGGAGUGGACUGCACAUCAUUCGUGUGACCCUUUUCAUCGUGAUCCUCUGAUUAAGGUUAAAUCAUUGGUGAUUACUCGCUUUUCAACGGUGCACGUGGUUCAGCCGAGAGAGAUGACCUCGAGUGAAGCAGGCGUGUCGCACGGCGUCGCCCGGGAAGACGUCAACUGGCGGAAGGAUUUAAUUUCGCAGUUACGCGAGAGGAACAGAUCGCAAACCAAUUGCUUCGCAGAUCUCAUUAGCCUGCACAAUAGGUUAUUUGAAAAUACAAACACAUUGCGAAAUACAAAUAUGCAAUUGACAAUUGCUAAUGAGACUCUGCGUCGCGAAGCAGCCAAUGGUGCUAUCGGCAUGGGUGGAAGUUCCGAUAUCGAAGCUAGACUCCUAAAGCAAGCGGAGGAAUUGGCGAUGCUGCACAAAAGGAAAGGAGAACAUACGCAACAAAUAGUGGAUCUCAAUAACAAAUUACAGGAAAUGACAAAGGAACUUCAAGCGAAGGAAGCUAGCCUUGCAGAAAGUUCAGAAGCUAAUACUAACUUACGUUUAGAAAUAACUAAAUGCCUUGGUAGAGAGAAAGAUUUAGAAGGUAUUAAUCAGAUGCUCAAAGAUGAACACCAAGCCUUGCAACUCGCUUUUGCAUCUUUAGAAGAAAAGCUUAGAAAAACACAGGAAGAAAAUCGACAGUUGAUCGAGCGCUUAAUAAAAUAUAAAGCCAGAGAUGCAGAAAAGAUGAAUGAAGAAAAUGAUAACUUUUUAAGUUUUACGAGUCCAACAGCCUUUUUGAUGCAUACCUUAUCAAAAUUUGGGAAGAGACAGGCAAAGAUGCAAAAGGAAUUGGAAGAUGCAGCACGAGACACGCGACCUGUUAGUCCCGAUCGUUUAAGUUUAAAAGAAGUUGCUGGUCUUCCGACAGCAGUGCCAACGAAAGUAUCCGUAACGUUUAGUGCCCAUGAGGGGGAAGUAUACGCUGUUAAAUGGUCGCCUACUGAUAGAAUAUUGGCUACUGGUGGUGCUGACAGGAAGGUGAAGCUUUGGAACAUUACUAAAGGUACGUCGGAGAACAAGGGCAUCCUCGUUGGCAGCAACGCCGGUGUGAUGUCGGUGGACUUCGAUUCGACGGGCACCCUUAUUCUUGGAGCGUCCAACGAUUAUGCGAGCCGCGUUUGGACCGUCAGUGAUCUUCGCCUAAAGCAUACACUCACAGGCCACUGCGCAAAGGUGAUGGCGGCAAAGUUUCUUGGCGAGCCGUCGAAAGUAGUUACGGGAAGUUAUGAUCGGACUUUAAAAAUCUGGGAUCUGCGCAGCAAAGCAUGUAUAGAAACGAAAUUCGCCGGUUCGAGUUGUAAUGAUCUCGUAACUUCCGACGGAGCUGGCUCUACAAUAAUUAGUGGUCAUUUUGAUCAAAGGAUCAGGUUUUGGGACACUAGAGCCGAAUCCAGCUCAAAUGAUAUUCUGUUGGAAGGAAAAGUUACAUCCUUAGAUUUAUCCCGCGACGCAAAUUACCUUUUGAGUUGCGUGAGGGAUGACACGGUAAAACUGAUUGAUUUACGAAUGAAGAAGAUUGUCGGAUCGUUCAGCGCCGACGGUUUCAAAGUGGGAUUCGAUUGGACAAGAGCUGCUUUCAGCCCUGACGGGCAGUACAUAGCGGUCGGUUCCGCGGAUGGUUCCGUUUUCAUCUGGUCUAUAGUGACGAAUGCGAUCGAAACGAUACUAAAGGAACACACGGCAGCAGUAACGGCCGUGUCUUGGCAUCCACACGGCACGUACUUAGCGUCCGUCGAUCGUGCCAAGACGGUGACAGUCUGGGGCGACCACGUUUGACAGGAGGAGUGAUCCCGGGACAGACGAUUGUUGUUUCACGCAUGAGAAUCUCGUACCGUCUUUCUCGCAGAUGUGAAAAUGAAACGAACAUGCGAACUCGCGAUACCCGUCAGCAAUCCCGCGAGAAAUCACAGUGGUGGGCACCCAGCGGGAUAAUAAUCAAAAUCAUCGGUCGGUUUGGCCGCGCGGGUUGUAAAGCCUGGUAAGGACGCCGUUUCGAAGCUGUAAAGCGCAGACAUCGCACUGAACAAAUCCACAGCAGUGGUAGGGACUAUUGUACAUAAAAUUGCACUUAUUGUUACUCCCAGGUUGUAAAGAUCCCCUAUUUAGAAUAGUAACCUGCGCGCCACGGCCGCGCCGCGCCGUCUAUCCCCGGGAAAUUCAAGAAAUUAUCGUAAUAGUAACUGGUGUUUUUUCCGAGACUCACUAGAUAUAAGCUUUCUUUUGCUAACUAUAAAGGACAGCGUCGCGUGUCAUUAAUUGUCUGUAUGAUUCGGUCGCUCUCGGGAUCGGAGAUUCAUAAUAUAUAAUGACAUCCAUGGUGCUAUGACAAAAUGUUUACACGGGUUGAAUGUUUGCACGGAAUUAAUCCGCGAUAUAUACCAAAAUUAUUAUUUCUUUUUUUGUUUUUGUCCCACAAAAAAGUCAAUUAUUAUAUAUUAUAUAUUUUCUAGAGGAGUCGAAUGUUGCCAACAUUCGAACAUAAUAAAUGAUAUUUUUUGGAAUAUAGUGAAAUAAAGAGAUAGUGCUGAAUAGGAAACGCGAUUAGAUUUGGAUGAGAUUAUUUCCCCAGAAUUAACUGUGCAUUAUUAUUAGAAAUGAGGAAUAUUCGCAGUUUGAAUGUUUCCAGAGAGAAGAUAAUUAACUUAUUUUUGUCAUACAUCACGUAUUUUUGGAAUAUAAGAAUUGAGAAUUAUUUUAGAGAUAUCAGAUGAAUGCAAAAGUUCUUUUUACAAUGCAAAAUUAAUUCUGAUGGGACAAUCUCGCUAAUUUGUGGCACUGUAAUUUGAUUCGUCGCCAGACUCUCCGCCGUUACUGGAAUGACAUACGUCUUAAUACAAGUUCUGAUAGAACGGAAAUCAGAAUAGGGAUUAAGCGAAUAAGCACAAUAACAUAUUGAUAUUUAAUUAAUUGCAGGUAUAUAUGAUUUGUAUGAUUAAUGUUAGAAAAUCGUACGCCAAUCAAAGUCGAUCAUUAUUUUUAUUGAUAAAUGAGACGAUUGGCUAAUUAAAAUUAUUAACGUGCAAUUUUUUAUUGCAAAAUAAACUAUUGGAUAUUAAUCCUUAGAAAAAAAUUAUAAGUAUCUGAUCGAAAAGAACAGAAUACUCCGUAGAAUAAUAAAAUAAUUUAGAUUUGUAAACACAUCAGAUUUUUAUGUUUAUAAUAAUUUUCUAAGUGUUUCUAUAAUUAUCUUACAGUAUACUCAAAAGUAAUAAUUUAUUAUCAAUAAAUGCUUAUUCGGUUACACAUUAAUUGUCACACAAAUUUCUACCAUCUAUACAAAUAUUUUUUUUAUUUGUCUACGGAGCUCUUCGAUCAUUAUUUGAUAUUAUAAAUGUAUUUGCGUAAAUAUCUGGCAGCGACUUGUGUGAAUUUAAAAUUCAUGUACACACGUUCUGUGAAUCACACAUUAAAUAAUUAAAUAAUCCUUUAAUGGGCGUUGAUCACAUAAUUAAUUCAUCAUAUUACUUUAUUUGCAAUUUGUAAAACGAUUAGCUUCCAAUUAUCGUACAUAGAAUUGGUCAUUGGUUUGCAUAAUAUUAAGGGAAAGUUUUAAUUUUUAAAGAUAUAAUUUUUCAAUAAAUUUCUGCUCCAAUGAAAAUUUCAGAUGUAGAAUAUAAU